UCCAUUUCAAAUAUUUACCUUGUUGGUCAAGGUCACUAAUGCAAAUUUUGCUUAACUGUGCUUGAAAAAUGUCUGAUCCCACCUUUUGGACACCUCCAGACUCGCCAGAGUUCGUUGGGACAGGUGCUGUUUUUUCUGAAGACUUUGACGUAGACCUACUGGCUGAAAUAGAUGCUUUACGACUUUCAUUACCAGUUUUCGGAUUGUCAUGUGAUUCACUAGAUUCCGUCUCAUUUCUGUCACACUUUGAAAAUGCUACUACUGCUCCACAGUGGACAGACCCUCUGCAAAUCCUAAAUUUACUCAGAGAAAGGAUAGUAUGUUUGAAAAAAUAUCCAACGGAAUAUGAGAACGAAUCAGCAGUUCUUAGGAACGAUGUAUCUUUCCUCCUUUCAUGUCUCUAUUCUUCCACGAUUACCAAAGAGUUUGAAAAGCAUGUAAUUGUGAGAAUGGUUGCACGCAUUCGUUCUAUCCUGGUCUUUCUUGGACCCUUAUCAUGUUCGCUGAAUCCUGAAGUAACUGGACACCUCUUGCAUGUUCACCUAGAAACAUGGAUAGCAGUAUUGAAAGUCUUUAACUUUAUUUGUGAGAAAACAGAAUAUGGUGUGCUGGUAAACGAGACAUUGGGAUUGAAGUCACGGAGCUCUUUAAAUGCAUGUGGUUACUUUGUGGAUAUUGUUUUAGAAAAUUUGAUUCUGUAUUCAGGAGUGGCAAAUGAUUACAAAAUUGCUAUUCAUAAUUCACAUGGUAAUUGCAACAAAUGUUCAUGUGAUGUUUUCGCAUGGAUUGUCGUUAUCUACCUUAUUGAAAAGUCUCAAAAAAACUGGUUUAAAUUUUUCCAUGGGAAAAUGAUGAAAUUGAGUGUUCACCAAAAAGCGGAUAUCUCUGAACUCAAUACUUUAGAGCGGAUUCGUCCAGAUUUCAAGAGUUAUUUUUUGCAGUCCUCAAGGUCAGAUGAUCGUACCUUUAUCCCACUCUGUAUGUGGUCUUUGUAUUGGAAUGUACUUGCAUACACUGCUCCCGUACACCGUCUCUUUAUGGAAUAUGUCACUCACUCCAAGGUUGAGUCGGGGACGCUUCAGAAGUACUCCGUCGUGGUUUGGUUAAUUCGGCAGCAGUUCUUAGGAGAAACUGCACCUGGCAGCAGUGAUAUUCACACUGUCUUACGAGUUUGAUCCGUUUAACCGAGACGUGGGGAACAAAUCUGGAAGUAAUUCGUUCAUUGUGGUUGUAUUUCAAGGGUCGGUUGAAUACUGGUUUUGAUACUUCAGAUUCAUCGUCUUCAGGAUUAGUUCUACCUAACAUGAGGUAAGCGAAUUCAUCCCAAACAUAGGAAGCUUUUAAAAAUGUAAAUCGCAUGACUUACAAAUUAUCAUUCUUUAAUAAUUCAAUGGUGUUCAUUAAAAACAAGUGCAUACAUUUUGUGAGACAUUUAUGAAAUAUAAAUCCAGCUCAAUACUCCACGAAUUCAACCUAUAAUAAUGUCCUAGAACCUUGCCCGGUUAACUGUAUGACCAUUCGUAUUUAACUUCGUUAUAGACGCACUAACCUCGCCUGGUAAACUUGUCCACUAGUUACUAGCCGGUCCUGAGCCCGGGAAAAGAGGGAAGGUUGGGCACAGGGCUAAUAACCCUAACCUGUAAAAACAAUCCAACCACUAAAGAAACUUCAAAGCAUAAAAAAUCAUCAAAAGUAAAAACAAACUUUUUCCUCGCUGGAAUCGGAGAGAAGAAAUAACGCCGGUUGGUGAUAGCCUUCGGGAAGCCAAUUCGCCGAUAUGUCUUCUUCUCUUUCCCCCCUCUCUCUCUCUCUCUCUCUCUCUCGAUGAAAUCGAAAGCAAGGAUGGGGACAUGGAACGUCCGCACCAUGUAUGAACCUAGCAAGGCUGCCCAGAUUGC